AUGAAGUUUUUGAGUGUGAUUGCAUUAUUUUGCCAAUUAGUACUUGCAGCCGCAUCUACUUCUUACAUUUCCUUAAGAAAUCAAGAUAUCGUAGAUGGUAGAGUAUCGAGCACAGAAGAUAUAAUAGAAACAGCAACUGUAGAUCAACCAAUAGUUGUUCUACAAUUCGUUAAAGCCAAGAUCCUAGAAUCAUUGGCAGCCGAUGAUUCCAAUGUUCCUUUCUUAAACCAAUACUUUAAGCACGGUGUCACCAAUGUUUUAACAGAUGAAACUAGCUUAGUCGAACCAACUGAUGAUGAGGUGUUUAUCUUCAAGAUGAAGGAUUUAGAAUUCGACCCACUAGAUGUCCUAAAGGAUGCUAAUGUUGAGAAGAAACGUGCUAUCUGGUUCAAGUUUUAUGGUAAGGAAUAUGAUAUCCGCGACGUUGACCAAUACUUAGAGACAAUUGUGAUCUUUGUUGAAGAAUAUUUGAAUGUGAACGUAGACAUUGUGUUGAAUUCUGCAGACGUCAUGACAUUAGAAGAAUUCGAUAAUGACGUUGAAAUGCAAACUGCUUCUCAUACUCAAACCCAUUCUAAACCAACCUCUACAAAAACACCAAAAAAUGGUUCUGAAGGUGAUGAUGAUAUAUUAAGUGAAAUAUGGACAGAAGGUUUAUUAAUGUGUUUACUAGUUUCUUUCAUCUUACUUGUCAUUCUUUUAGUUGCUCUUUCCUGGAUUUCCAGCUUGAAUAUCAGUUAUGGUGCUCUAGAGAAGUCCACAAAUCCAUUAAAGAAGAACGAAUAG